AUGUCUGGUAUCGAGGCCGUGUUUGGCGUGGUCACUGGCGCUGCCGGCUUGGUUUCGCUGAGCAUCGAGCUCGGCAGGUGCGCCGUGAGGCUGGGGAGAAUAUAUCGUACCGCAAGGGAAGCACCACGAAUCAUUGAAACUUUGGUUUUCGACCUCGAAACUAUGGCUAUAUGCCUAAGGGACCUCGAACAACACCGGCUGCACGACACCCACAGCGGAGUCCUUCUUGCGCGUUGCAUCACGAGCUCUCAACAAAGGACAGCUGAGAUAGUGCGGCUGGUCGAUAAAAUGGAGCGUUACAUGGCGGACCAUGUCAGCGUAAAAGGGAAACUAUACACUGCUUUCAAAGAACGAAACGUGAAGGAGCUACUCGAUGACCUAGAGAAGGCAAAGAGCUCAUUAAUGCUCGCCUUCUCUAUGUACUGCUCUGCGGAGCAAAGGCAGCGAGCCCAAGAGCACAGUAACCUCCUGAGCGACAUUCAGGCCCAGCUUUUAACGAUUCACUCUCCACCCCAGUCCCAGAUGCUUAUCUCUUCAAUAGGAACCACUGUGGCAAGUGGAUCAGCAUGGACGGCUACGCAGCAAAUGCAUAACACUCAGACGCUGAGUGUCCAAGUUGAUGAGCAAAAUAAACCGGACACUCACUGCACGGUUGGGCCAGGCAAGCGCAAAAACAACAAAACGCGCUUUCUGAUUAGCCUUCGCUUCCCAACACAGCUGUGCUCUCGCGUUUGGAAUUUUGCAUUUACUAGGGCUCAAUGUGGCUGGGAUAUCCAAUUGCGUACAUAUAACGUUGUGCCAUUUCAUUCACGCAUCUUUCGUUGCUGUAGGAAUGGCGAUCUUGCGGGAGUUCAGAGACUCAUUACUGGUGGCAAAGGAACACCAUUGGAUGUUUACGAUCGUGGCGGAAACAGAUGGGGCACUUUACUGGAGGUAGAGGUCUGUCGCUAUCUCCUCACCCACUCGAGUUGGUUGGAUCGUGCAACGACGUUGAGCGACGCUCUCGGUUAUUACGCCUUGUCCACCUUUUCGGAUGACCACUAUAGGGCGGAAGAGAUGUAUCGACUUUUUAUCGAAGCCCCUGGUUUUGAUGCCGACCUCUAUACCUCUCCCCUUCGGUAUGCAUGGAUAUAUGGCUGCCAAAGCGAACGAUGUCUCGAUAUAAUCCUGACCAACCAGUUUUCGGGGUUCUGCCGCCUGCCACUCGAAGCAAGGUUUGAGCUUGCCGUCCAGACUGGCGUCCAAUCUUGCAUGGAGCGCGCCGGGUUUCUCAAGUGCAUAGGAUUGGGAAAAUCUGAUCAAAGGCUUGCUAAUCUGAGAAGCAGUGGUGGUUUGACGAUUUUGCAUUACGUUGCCCGCCGUCUUAGGACGUUGGUGACGUAUUUCUCUUGCCCUUACCACAGAAUAACAGAAUGGUUUGAUCUCGGCGUGAGAGUCUUAAUAAACGGCGCAGAUCCUUAUGGCGUUGCUCCGGGAGAUGAUCAAUCCUCGGUCAGGAGAUUCUUCAUGAACCAAGACGUCAAGCAAGAAUACUAUUGGCAGACCACGGCCUUAUUAGACUGCAUGGGCAUUGCAGAUUUCGAGGUAUUACGGUACGCCGGCGGCUGGAUUUACACGGAAAUGAUGGACGCCCUGCGUAUAUGGAUCGAAAUGGUGCAAAAAGCUGGCCUUGACCUCUGUGAAUACGGCGCCAAGGAGAGCCAAAUCUGGGAUUCAUUAGUUCUUCGAGGGCUCGAAGAAAGACGUCGUCAUGGGUCAAUGCCCGUGGAGCAAGAUCGCCUCGAGUCAGUGCGAGUAGAGCGACUUGUAUACGGACCCACGCCCGCAGACUGGAGUCUCAAGGUUUCCUACUCGCAGACGCUCUACGUGCACAAGCUCAGUCUCCUUCCCGGAGCAUUCGGUCCAAAAAGCAGUUUGCCGGAUCAAAUCAUAUGGUUUCCAGACGAGGAAGAGGAGACUGAGGGCAACUGGACGAUUGUUCAGAAGAAGAGGUUGGUUCCUGCAGCCGCAGAUCUUAGAGACCUAGUUCCUUCGUCUUGCGGACCAUUUAUGGAGCUUUUGGACGAAACUCAAGAUGAUUCGGGCGUGAUUAUGCUCAUGCAGCUUAAGACCUAG